GCCAAGCCGGCCCAAGCAAAGUGACAAAGUCAAGGAAUCGAAAUGGUGGCGGAGCCGGGGCACAUGAUCAUGGUGUGCAGGUCAAUCACAGAGACCGAGUGUCGAACUGGCUUGGAUGUUGUCGCAUCGAUUGAAUUUGGCUCGUUGAGCGGAGGCUGCAAAGACAAUAGCCCAUAGCCCAUAUGUAGGCGUAGUAUGAGAUGGACCAAGCCACAAGAAAUAGACCGGAUCACUUUGGCGGCCUCUGAGUGAAGACACUGGGCCGCUCUCGGGUCUCCUCCAUCAUCUCCAUUCGCCCUCGCAGAAUCCACUUUCCUCUCAUCCUCCAAAAGCUUCGCCCCACCCCUUUAGCCGUCCCUCUCCUUCGUCGUCUACAUGGCCAGCAGCAGCACUUCUGAUACGACCGGGUCAGCCCUCAUGUAUCCCGACAUCUUCACCAUCGUCUGCUUCAACGAGUGCUUCCAGCUUGCCCUCGACCUGGCCACCAUCAAGACCCUCCUGCGGGUGUGCAAACGAGCCCAUCCUCUCCUGAGCUCCAAGGUGGCUCGUUUACACAGCUGGUGCAGGAAGGCAGGCCUGUGUCGUCCUGACAGAUCACCCCGAAUCGUCCUCACCCCGAGCGACCAGAUCUCCCUCUCGCUUCACUGCAAGGAUCAGGCUGAAGCCGAUCGAUCCUGGCUUGAGAAUCAGUCCAGCUGGGACAAUGCCGCUGCCUCAUAUCUCCUGGCAAGGAUUCUCCAAGUCGAGAUCGAUCGUGGUGGAAUGAGGCCGCUCCGUGUGGAGGCCAAGAGUCGGAGAGUCUUUGACCUUCUCGAAACUGCUGCAAACUCAAGCCAUCCAAUGGCCCAGUUCCAUCUGGCGAAAUGUUAUCAAAACGGCCACGGAGUCGACCAAGAUUCCACCAAGGCUGUCGAACUGUAUUGCAGUCUUGCGAACAGGGGUAUCCUUCAAGCUCAGAUCAGCCUUGGUCGAUGCUACGACAGCGGCCUUGGGGUCGAGCAGGACAGUACCGCAGCCUCCAAGUGGUAUUCCAAGGCUGCCCAUCAAGGGAACGGCGAUGGCUCACUCCAUUUCAGGCUGGGGAUGUGCUAUCGGUAUGGCUGGGGCGCACGGAAAAGUUACUCAAGGGCAAUUCGGUGGUUCCGCAAGGCAGCCGACCUGGGGAACUCGUAUGCACCGUGGAUGGCCGGCCAGUGCUAUCAUUACGGAUACGGAGUCACCACGAACUACGAAAAGGCAGCCAAGUGGUACCGCAGGUCCGCCAAGCGGGGCAACCGAUAUGGACAGUGGCAACUCGGCUACUGUUACAAGGAUGGAUUUGGCGUCAAGAGCGACAUCGACAAGGCAAAAUACUGGUACCGCAAGGCAGCCGACCAAGACUUUGAUAUCCCCGCCAUCUCACUCAGAGAGCUUGAAAAUGUACGCUAA